GCUGAAGGAGAUUUGUCCACAAACGCCCUGGGAAUUUUGCCACCCAUUCGUAUUGUUCCCACGGCAGCCUGCCACGACCACCGAGUCAAACGCCCCCCUUCAGGGCAUCAACGCUGUGGAACACGCAUGGUCCGCCACGAUAUUGCGCCCAGACAACUGAGUCAACGCGCCCAUCAGUGAUGUGGCCGCCUCUAGCCCGGACACCUAUCCUGAAAUGGCAGCACAGGCGCAGCAAAGAUAAAAAGGCAGGACAAAGCAGGAAGCCGUGGACAAAGCACAAAAGUACUCUUUCAUCCACACUUUCGCCAAAGCACCUGCAAGGAAACGUAUUUGAGUGGGCGAACAAGUGUUCCCAGGUGCACCAACACCCUAGCAACUCUACAUCGACAACAGCCUUUCGUAAAAAUCGCUUUCAUUAUUACCCCUAUAACACGCUGUUCACAGUACUCCACAAUGCCAUCCCGUAUCCCCAACACCGCAGCCCAGAGCGAAGUCAGCAAAGCCAGUGGCUACUACCUCAGAUGUCGCGAUGUAGAUGGCACGUCUGUCAUUAUCACUCCAACUGCUAAUGGUCUCGGCGCUCACACGCGUUGGAUCUAUCCUGAACACGAGGAAAACCAAGACGAAGGAGAAAGUGCCAUGGAUGUAGAUGAGGAGGGAGACGUCACGCCACCGUCGAGCACCGUAACGCGCUUACCUCAGACGCCUAUGGCCCAGCAUACGUUCGAUGCGGGUUCUGUCCUUCGCACACCCGUAAAGCGGCCACAGCCACUUCAGCGCUCCCCUGAGCGUAUCGGCUUCAGGGGCAUCGACUUCUGGCGCGGCAAUUCUUUGGGCACUCGCAUAGUCGAGCCGACUGGCUCUGGUAUUUGCAUGAGAUAUGUCUUGCAGAGGCCCGUCGGCUCCGUCACGAAUUUGACGAAAGAACAAAUUCUCGAGGGCGAGUUCCAGAGGAACCACGAGACAUUUCUGACCCAGGUGGAAAGAUUGCUUGGGAGCGACGAGAGAGAACGGGUGGCGAGAGAGAUGAACUCGACUUUACCGGCAGCGGAUGGGUCUAUUCUUGUGGGUGCAGGCACCUCAAGACAUGUUCACUUUGCCUCGCCCGAGCCGACUAUCUUUAUCGAAGAGGAGGAAGAUGUGUCAGAGUUUGGAGUCGGGCCGACGGGAGAGAGGUUGGAUUUGCAAGGUCUCCCCGUGCUCGCAGAACAUGGGACUAUCAUGAUCGACCCCACCUUCAAGCCUCAAGUUCGACCGACGCUUCCUACCCCCAAGGCCCCGCAGAUGCUACCUGAAGCCGCGGACAAUGCCAAGCAUCUCGGCAGCAUCACGAUCGAUGGGAAGGAAUGGCAGGUCUACAAAACCUUGAGACCAAGGAAGGAUGGCCAACCCCGCAUUAUCAGAUCGUCUCCUGUGCAACCCAGGACUCGUAAGGCUCGGAAGAGCAUCACGUCGCCCCUGACGAGGCAGCCUACCAUUUUAAUCGAUGUCAUGUAACCGCAGUGACAUCUGCUUUGACAGAACGAAACCGGCUCUAGCAGGGCACGAAUUAGCCUCAGUAAUAUGGACGUUAUGCUCAAUGUAAUAAGUACAUGUACUACUUACGCACUCAUUUCCUAUGGACUGUACAGCAUUGAUACCUUUACAUAUGAUCAUCCCUCGGAAUUGGAUGUAUUUUUUGAAUGUGAUGCAAAUCCACCUCCAAGCUCCAAGAUUUUUGUU